CGUCCCCAUUGGUUGGCGCCCCUAUUGGUUGGCGUCCCCGCCGGCACAGCGCGACGCGGGGCCAUGGCGGGGCCGAACGGGGACCCGCACGUGGCCGGGGGCGACAGCGACGGCAACGACGACGACGGGGACAGCUUCGGGGAGGAAGAAUACGCAGCAAUAAAUUCUAUGCUGGACCAGAUCAACUCCUGCUUGGAACACCUGGAGGAGAAGAAUGAUUAUCUACAUGCAAGCUUGAAAGAACUCCUGGAGUCCAACCGCCAGACUCGCCUCGAGUUCCAGCAACAGAAACUAAUGGCAACACAGCACCAUACCUGACAGCGUAAGAAACUCAAGCAAGGGCAGAAUGAUACACUCGACUGCAUCAACAAAAGCCACCAGUUAUGGAAGACUAUCCAGUCAGUCAUGCCAUGGGUUAAACCUUUGCCUGCUUACAGCUUUGCAUAAGAUCAAGGUUUAAUAUCUAGCCUGUGGGCAAGGUAUUUCAUUCAAAAGGCUCUCAAGCUGCUGGCUUCACCUGUGUCUCAUUUUUCCAAGCUGCCUUUCAAAAGCACAGACUCCUACCAUCUGCUCCUACCUGCUGUGAUGGCAAGUGCCACAGCAGCUGUGCCUUUACUCCCAUCACCUGAAGCUUUUUACAUCUGUUCUUCAGCAACAUGCGGGAUGUAUUUAGCUAUGGCCCUCCAUAUAUAUAUUUUGCAGUGGCUCUUUUGUCCCCAUUUCAGCUGGGAUAGUUAAUUUUCUUUCCAGUAGCUGCUGUGUUCUGGAUUUAGCAUGGGAAGAAUGUUGAUAAUACAUUGAUGUUUUUAAUUAUUGCUAAGAAAUAAAGGACUUUUCAACUUCCUGUGAUUUCCAAGUGUACAGGUUCACAACAAGCUGGGAGGAGCACAGCCAGGCAGCUGACCCAAGCUGGCCAGAAAGAUAUUCGAUACCAUGUAAUGUCAUUCUCAGUAAAUAAAUGGGAAGUUGGCUGGGGCCCAGAGCUCACCAAUUCACAGUCAGUGCUUGAGACGGGCUUGUCAUCAGCGGUGAGAAAUGGAAGCUACUGUGCCUCACUUGUUGUGUCUAUUCUUUAUUAUAAUUAUAUCCUUGUU